UCCGGGUUGGCGACUGUAGGCCUGAUGAUGUCAGAUGCUCGCCGAGGACCCCGGAAGUGGAACUUGAACUCGACAGUGGCGCCGCAUCCGGGGAGCUGAGAUCACAACAAGUGCACGAGUGAGUCCGGCCUGAGAUGAUUAUCUUCUGAGAAUUGAUGUCCAUUUCCAUCAUUUCUUUAAUUUGGUUGACACUUUGGAUAAACAUGGCACAACUCCAGCAGGGAGGUCCAGAUGAAAAAGAAAAAACUACAGCACUAAAAGAUUUACUAUCUAGAAUAGACUUGGAUGAACUGAUGAAAAAAGAUGAACCACCUCUUGAGUUUCCUGAUACUCUUGAAGGAUUUGAGUAUGCUUUUAAUGAAAAGGGGCAGCUGAGGCAUAUAACAACAGGGGAGCCAUUUGUCUUUAAUGCUCGUGAAGAUUUGCAUCGAUGGAACCAAAAGCGCUAUGAGGCUCUUGGAGAGAUUAUUACUAAAUAUAUAUAUGAGCUCCUGGAAAAGGAUUGCAAUUUGAAAAAAAUCUCACUUCCAGUAGAUGCUACUGAAAGUGAACCAAAGAAUUUUAUCUUCAUGAGUGAGGAUGCAAUGACUAAUCCAGACAAACUGAUGGUUUUAAUUCAUGGUAGUGGUGUUGUCAGGGCAGGUCAAUGGGCUAGAAGGCUUAUUAUAAAUGAAGAUCUGGACAGUGGCACACAGAUACCUUAUAUUAAAAGAGCUAUGGAUGAAGGCUAUGGAGUAAUAGUGCUCAAUCCCAACGAAAACUAUAUCGAAGUGGAAAAGACCAAAUCACAAGUGCAGUUAUCUUCUGAUGGCUCAGAUGAGCCAGCAGAAAAACGUGAAAGAAAAGAUAAAACCUUCAAAGAAGCAAAGAAGCGGCGUGAUUUUUAUGAAAAGUAUCGUAACCCCCAGAAAGAAAAAGAGAUGGUGCCACUAUAUAUUAGAGACAAUGGCUCUCCUGAAGAACAUUUAAUCUAUGUAUGGGAUCACUUCAUAACUCAUUCUGCAGCUGAGAACACAUUUUUUGUUGCUCACAGCUAUGGAGGACUUGCCUUUGUUGAACUGACACAUCUGAUGGAACAGACCCCUGUUGCUUCAUUGUUUGCUGUUUCUGGGUGCCUUACCCACUUCUUAGAAAUGAUUCAACGAGAAGCAGAUGUAAAAAAUAAGGUAACUGCUGUGGCGUUGACAGACUCUGUUCACAAUGUGUGGCAUCAAGAAGCUGGCAAAACUAUCCGGGAAUGGAUGAGAGAGAACUGUUGUAAUUGGGUGUCUAGUUCAGAGCCAUUAGAUACAUCAGUGGAGUCCAUGUUGCCUGACUGCCCUCGAGUCUCUGCAGGAACCCUUUUUGGAGAACAUAACCACCCAGUCUACGCUGAAAUAGAGGCAGCUGGGGCAUGCUAUGCAUCAAGCACUGGAGUCAGGAAGACUUGAAUUCAAAUUUGGCCUCAGACACUACUACCUGUGUGUCCCUGGAAGUCAUUUAAAUUCUCUCAGACUCAAUUUCCUCAUCUGUAAAAUGGGAAUGAUGCACCAGCCUACUGCCUAUGGUUGUUGUGAGGAUCAAAUGAGAUAAUAUUUGUGAAGUGCUUUGCAGACCUUAAAGCAUUAGAUAAAACAAACUAUUGUUGUCAUUGUGAUUGUUAUUAUAAAGCCCUGGGAAGAAUUACUCUGUUAUGCUUUUGUUGAUCUCCCCCUGAUUGUAGAUAAUAUAUACUAGAAAAUGGACCUUGGCAUAUCAUGCAGAGAAAGAGUGGAAAAGAAAUGGGAAAUUAAUUAUGUUCUACGAUCCUGGUUAAGGAGAUCAGGGAAAUAUUGCCAGCAUUACCUCUCAUCUACUUAGUAUAAUCUAGUGCCCCAUUAGAUUGAACUUCUUGAGGACAGGGACUUCGAAGAGGUGGAAUGGUGGUGGGGGGGGGGGGUUACUUGACAGGAAAUGUCUUUAAAUUCUUCUGUUUUCUGGAUAUUUUCAAUAUGGUACCUCAGAAGACUUUGUCAUUUUUUCAAAUUUUCACCAAAUAUUCUUUUAUAACCACUGACUCCUCAUUGCUCACAUAUUUUUUGUUAAUUGCCUGACAAUUUAAUUAUUAUUGCCUAUUAACUAACAAUCAAUAAAUAUACCAGUAGUCUUUGCUUUAUUUUUUAGCCUGUAAUUUAGACUUUUAUUGAUUCUUACUGUCCAAAGGAUAAAAAAGAUUUGAUAGUACAAAAGUAUCUAUUCAAUUCAGAGUUGCCGUAUUCUUGAAUUAUUCUUCAUAUUUCAUUCAUCUCUAAUUGGAAGAAAAAAGGAAAGAAAAAAGGAAGGGAGCAUUUAUUUACUGCUUACUCUGUACCAGGCUGUAGACUGAAUGCUUUACAAUUAUUACCUCACUGAUCUACACAACAACCCUGGGAGAUAGGUACUAUUAUUUUCCUUAUUUUACAGUUGAGGAACCUGAGGCAGAGGUUUUAAUUGGCUUACCCAAGGUUACACUGCUUACAGGUGUCUGAGGCUUGAUUUGAACUUAAAUUUUCCUGACCCCAGGACCAAUGUACUAUCCACUGCACUACUUGGCUGCCUCCUAGCCAAAUAUUAAUUUCUAGUAAACUCUGUUGAGGAGAAUCCCUAUUCCAACUAUAUAAAAGAGUAAUGUUAAAAGAAAAUACAGUUCUUUUAUUCCUAACAAUUUUUGUUUCAUCUUCCAUUAAUCUUCUUUUUCUGAAAUUCAAUUCAAUAGACAUUUAUUGAUUACCUACUAUGUGCUAUGAACAACUUCAGCUAAAUCAAUCACAGUUUAUUUCCUAAAGGAAUGAUAGAAAGCAUAAUUUUUUUUCUGUUAAUUUUGCUAGCCAAUUUGCUAUUAAAUCAUGUCUUCCUAGUGGAGAGAGACAAUACUUAAGUCCAAGGAAUACUAAGAUAUACUAGUUGGAAAGACAUUGGUAUAAAAAAAUAAUUACAUAUAUAUGUAUAUAUAUAUAUAUAUAUAUAUAUUAUCAGAUGCCCAUUAAUGUUAAAGAGCUGUAGUGUAGCUAUGUGAUUGAAGACACCUACCAUCUGUCUGUUUUCCUAACAACAUGGUAAUUUACAGUUACAAUUAGCAUAUCUGUAUACCUCCAUCUUGUUAGUCCAUGUUUAGAAUAUGAGCCCCAAAACAUUUCCAGGCUUCUAAAUGUUUCCUUUUAAACUUUAAGAGCAUUUGAAAAUAUCCAAGUUCUGAUUUUAACAUAAUAGAAUUCCCUUACUUAACUUUUGUGAAGCAAUUAAAUGCAUAUAAAAUACAUUUAUAGAUUUCUGUGCUUGGAGAAAGACUUCUUAUUUCUAUGAUUGCAGUACCAGUCAGUUGAGAGAUGAAUUGUAUUUAAAUGGUUCUACCUCAAUACCCAACACAACCUAUGCUGUAUCUGCUCCAGUAAUGAAGAAAAAGACAAGAGACUUUACUUUAAAGGAGACCAUGAUUUACAUAAGAAGCCAUCUUUAUAAUUUAGGCUAUAAAAGUUCUGCUGAGGCUUCAUCUAUUUUACUAAUUCAUUCCUUUCAAAGAGAAGCAGCUAUUGAGUACUUCUGAAUUUGUUUUAUUUUGGGUUUAUAGAGCGUUAAAUGAAAGGGAGAGUUGACUAGGCUUCCCUAUUCAUUGUCACUAACUUUUAACUGUGUGUGUUUUUAAAUGGAUGAUUUUUGUUGUGGUUAAGCUAGUGAGAUGGCUCCAGAAAGAUAGGCAACAAGGACCUGAAGUCAGAAACACCUGAGUUCAAAUAUGGCCUCAGCAAUGUAUUAGCUAUAUGGUCCUUGCUUAGUCACUUAACCUCUGCCUGCCUUAAUUUCUCAAAUGUAAAAUAAAAAUAAUAACAGUACCUAUCUCCCAAAGUAGUGAAGAUUUCAAUGAAAGAAUAUCUUUAAAGUUCUUAAUACAAUUUCUGACAUGUUAGAAAGGUCUAUAUAAAUGCUUAUACCUUCCCUCUUCCCCCAACCAUGCAAAACAGAUCUCUUAAUGAAUUUUAUUGAACACCCAUCAAGGUCCCCAAGGAAGGAUCAAGGGGAUAGGAGAAUUAGAGCCUGUCUCUCAAGUUGAGACUCUAGCACAGAGCCCUACAGCCUUAGAUCAUUCAUAAAGGUUGGUAUCACCAAAAAGAGGGGAAAGAUCCCAUCUUUGAUUUGAGAGUGAUGCUUCACCAGUUUUCCUCCAUUCUCAAGGGGUUCAAAGACAAUUGAUAAGUCAGGCUGUUAUCUUACAUCAGCUCCCAGAACUACCUUUUUAGACCUUUUAAAGCAUAGUAACUGGUUGAGGAGAUGAAGAAGGGAGAAAAGAACGAAAGAAAUAAAGAGCUGGACUUACUCCGUGACUGACUGCAAAUUUAUUGGACCUCUUCUCCAGGCUUUGACUAGAGUUCCAGAAACUUUCCCAAAGGAUAAAGAAACCCCUGGCAUAGGAAAUGUAGAAUUAGCAAAACAAACAAGUUACUAGAUUUGCUUAUGGCCUAGUUUCUCUUACUUUUUUCUAGCCUACUUGAGCCAGGCUGUACUCUAAAGCAUGCUAAUAAAGAUAGCAUAUCGAUUUGCAUUCACUUACAGCUUUUGUUCCAUACUUUACAUACUGUUGGAGUCUUAAUCUGUGGGGUGGAUCAGCAGAUAAGUAUAGGGUGGUAGCCUAAACCCUUAGGACAUUCCACUCUACUUGGUUGUGUAUUCAUUCCUUGAGGAUAGUUACAAAAUGGGAUUGACCAGAGCCAAGCCCAGAUCAAUGGUGAGAAUAAGGGAAGGAAGUUUCAGAGUUUUUACAGGGUUUGCAGUCCACCAAGCCAGAUCACAGACCUAUUGUUUUCCUCUAAUGGCUUCCAUAUCUCAUGUUAUCAUCUUUGUAUAUUGGAUAGUAAUUUGACUUUCCUGCUUAUAAAGUUGGAGAAAUGGUAGAUUUCAACAAGAAAUCAUUGAGUGUCUGAAAAAGCAACACUGGAAGAAUCAUAUAAAUGAUAAUUAUAUUAAUUCAAUGCAAACAGCACAAGAAGGCCAUUAAAUUCUUAUUAAUUACAAGGACUCUUCUUGGUCCUGGGGAGAACAAAUAAUGAAACACAUGCCCUGCUUAUCAUAUGCUACAUUUAAAUAAAAUCACUUAGAUUGUAAUGAUUUGCCCACAGGUAGCAUUCAUCAAGAUUCUCGGAUUAAAAAAGAAGAAAAAAAAAUAGUACAUGUCUUCAAGUGGCCUACAUUCCAUGUGAAGAUAUGAAGAGGGGUGGGUCAAUGGGAACCAGACAACAUAUCCACAGAUAAGUGAAUAAAAAUAAAUAACAUGUAAUUUCUAGGAGAGGAGACACUUGGAAUUGGUGCAAUCAAGAGAAGCCUUUUGUAAGAGGAAGAAGGGAAUAGGAAGGACAUUCCACAUAUCACAGAAAGCCUUUGCAAAGGCAAAGAAUCAGGUGAUAGAAAAUGUUUUGUUUGGGGAAUAGCAAGUGGACCUGUUUGGUUUGAAUAUAAAGUUCUAAGGGAGAAUUAUAUUAAGUCAGUCUAGGUUAAAAAAAAAAGUUGGAACCAGGUUUUGAAGGGCUUUAAAUGUCAAAGAAAUUUCAGUUUUAUCCUAGAAGCAACAGGGAGCCUAUGAAGCUUCCUAAGCAGGGGAGUUUUUUGAACAUGUCAAGUUGGCCUCCCUGGAAGAUGGACUAGAGAGAGAGGGAGACUGGAAAAAGAGACAACAAUUAGGAAAAUAUUGCAGUAAUCCAGGCCAAGGGGGAUGAGAGCCUGAACUAGGACUGUGCUUGUGGGAGUGGAGAAAAGGGUAUGAAUGUGAGGAAUAUUGUGAAGGUAAAUCUGUAAGACUUGGCAAAGGAUUGGCUAUAGGUUGGAGGAAUGUGUCCUAUUCAUGCCAUUGCUUAUACUGUUUCCAUACAUAUCUUGCUUUCUCCUCUUUACCUGUCUCAAUCCUAGCAAGAUCUAAAAGCCAACAUACUAGCUAGCAUUUAUAUGGCACUUGAAGCUUCAUAUAGCACUCCUCACAAUAACCAUGUGAGUUGGAUAAUAAGGAUUAUUUCCAUUGAGUUUCUUCUUGACCCCAAGUAUCAUGUUCUACCUGCCUCAGUCUCUUCUAUGAAGCCUUCUCUGUUAACUCUAGCUAACUAACAUCAUCUCUCUUCCUUUCUCACUCUCUCUCUCUCUCUCUCUCUCUCUCUCUCUCUCUCUCUCUCUCUCUCUCUCUCUCAUUGCACUUAAACUACAUAUUUACUGCCCGUACUUAUUUCAGGAUUCAGUUAUAAAUGUGGUGCUUUGUUUUGUGACUAUUACAUAGUUCUGAAUUUUUCAUGGAUGUAAAUCUCUGUACCUUGCUUAAGAGCAAAAAUCGGGACACAGUUACUCUACCUCUCCACUAUUGUCUAAAUAGUUUGUGCUAAAUAACUACCUUCUGAAUAAAUGAAUGAUAGAGUAUUCAAGGACAUGGAGGGGAAAGAUGAUCUUUAUUGGAGCUGAAUGAUUCUGACAAAAGAGGAAAUGAGGUUAAGUCAUGGAAGGCCUAAUUGUUAGGCCAAAGUUAAAACUGAGUGUGAUGCAAUAGAGAAUAGAUAACCACUGUCAAUUCUUAGACUAUGGUUAAAAUGGCAUUUGUAAGAGCCUGUUUUGAUAGAGAGCAGAUAGGUAGGUAGGCAGUUAGUUCAGUGGAUAGAGAGCUAGGCUUGGAAAUGGGAGGUCUUGGGUUCAAAUGUGGUCUCAGACAUUUUCUAGUUGUGUGACCCUGGGCUUAAUCCCCAUUUCCUAGCCCUUACCACUCUUCUGCCUUGGAACUGAUACGUAAUAUCCAUUCUAAGACAGAAGGUAAGGUUUUUUGUUUUUUUAAAGAUUAUUUUGAUAGAAUUACUAUGUAGAAUGAAUAAGAACAUGGGGAAGACAGGAGGCUAUAGACCUAGAAUUUGCAUAAUUUUAUAUUGAUUCAGUAAUGAAAGAAUAAGAGCCUGGACUGAGUUAAUAACUAAGGAAAUAGAAAAUGGCCAAUUCCAGUGAUAUGUAAGAGAAGAAUUGGCAGGACUUUGUGACUGUGGAAGCUGAAGCAUUUUCUGAAAGAAUAUAUCAUUGCUUUGAGAUACCAUUUCAAGUAUUUGAAAACAUUUUAUCACAACCAAAAGUUGAUCAAUAUCUUUUAACUUGUGAAAAUAACAAAAGAAAUGGAAUCUAGUCAUAAUAUUCUUGACCUCUACAUGCAUAAUUGUUCAUUGUGAUUGUCCUUUAUAGUUUUUUUAAAAAGAUAUUUUAAGAAUGAAGUCAGACAUCACAAUAAAUGAUUAUAUAGUGCCAAUUUCCUCACUAUUUUAGGAAAAGUAAAGUACCUUCAAGAAACAAUGUUAGAAUACAUAGUUUUGUUAGCAAGACUUUUGUGCUCCAUUCAGAAAUGUGAAGGUCUCAUCCUUAGAAUAAAAAUAUAGUUGUUUAAGUGAAAGCCUAAUUCCUAAUUUUCCCCAGGGGAAAAAAAAUGAUAUCUGAACCCAUUGAAAUGCUAUAUCACUUUCUGAUAACAAGUUUCAUCAACUAUUCUCAUACUAACAGGACAGACAAGUGACAUUGCUUUAAUUUGUUAUGAUUAUAGUAUAUUUAUGAAAAACAGUGUCAAAUUGCUUUUAAGAAGUAGUCAUAUGGUGAUUGUUGCUAUGAGUAAUUUUAAGACUGACUAAUACAUGUUGAUCAGAAUGAAUUCUGAGAGUUUCUAGGAUAUAACCUAUAGUUCUUGUUAUAAUAAUCUUUAAUAUGCAUAUAAAUAAAUAUUAGAAUGAUCAACUAAUUUCAAGAAAAAUUUCUAUCAGCCCAUUUCUGUUUCAAAAAAGAAAAAAAUUAGAUAAUACUUUUAUGUGAGAUCAUUUUUUAUAUUCCUUCUCAGAAAUUCACAACAAAGGUAGUGAAACAUAGAUACUAUAUUUGGCAAAAAAAAAAAUAGAUUUAGUUUCUUCUAUGUGAUAUCCCUGAGAUAGUUAAUUUAGAUUCAUAAAUAUCUUUUUUCUUGGCCAGGAAUUUUAAAGUACAGCACUAACAAAAAUAUUUCACUUUAAAAGGAAAGUGAAAGUAUCUUUAUUGUUUUUAUUUAGAUUCUCACAAAUGGCACAUCCAUACAAAAUUGUAUAAUUGUUAUUUUUAAACUGUGUCUCUUGCAUUAGUCAGUAAACACUUAAUUUAUUUGGUGAACAUUCCUUGUAAGCAUGCAUACACCAUGUGAACAUUUAGGAAACAGAAGGUGCUUGAAUUUGUGAGAUUUAAAUAUUUUCUCACAGUUGAUCCAAUGAUGCUGGAGUUGAAAUAAAACUAUAUAUAAAUGAAAUACCAUUUUCUACUGAAAUCCAAGUAUAAAUUUUCUAUCACUGUUUUAAUGAGAAUAAUACUUCCACUUAUUCAAUCUUUAGCAGACUUACCUCCAAAUAAAUUCCAAGUUUUAUCCUAAAUAUUUCAUCCUUCCUUUUUUACUUUUAUAUAUGAACAAGUAGCUACCUUUAGGUAUGAAUAUACACAUACUUUAAUAAUUCCAGUAUUUUUACUUCUCCUGUGUGAAUAUUUAUAUACUUUAGUAGUUCCAAUAUUCUUUUUACCUAUCUCCACAGAUAUAUCUCCAUUAGACUACCCAUAGAACAUGAAAGAUUAUCAGUGCUGGAGUCAGAAGACCUGAGUUCAUACCCGGGUUUUAAUAUUUACUAAGCAUAGAAUCAUAAAUCAUGUUGAAGAUAAAGCAUAAACACCAAUAAGUAAAUCAGGAAGAAAAGAAAAGAAACAAGUGGUAGGCCUUAAAUCACAUAGCUUCUCAGUCUCCUGAUUUGUAAUAUGAUGUUAAUAAUAAUUAUACUAUCUACUUCAAAGAGUUGAUAGGAGAAAAAUAUUUUCCAACCUCCAAGCAGUGUCACCUAAGUUGGGGUCAGGAGCAAAUCACUUAGCCUCUCUAGGUACCAGGUUCUUGAUACUUAACAUAUAGUAAAGGUGUUGGAUGAAAUGAUAAGUAGUUGAGUUUUUCCAACUCCAUAUACAUGUUCCUGUUAUUAAUAGCAAUAAUAGUAAUCUGACUUUGUGCCUAAGCAGGUUUAUUUUUAUUAUAAAUACUAUAUUUUCCUAUUUUUAAAAAAUACCCCUUUAAGUAAAUCCUAUAAAAAGCAUGACUUAUUUAGAUCAAGGAUAAGGAAGGUAGGACUUGGAGUCAGAAAACCCGGUUCAAAUCCCAGCUCUACUACUUGCUCCUUGUGUGACUUUGGAAAGACUCCUAACCUAUCUGGGUCUAUUCAUUUGUAAAUGGACUAGGUGAUUUCUAAGUCCCUUAUAAUUUGGAAUAUGUUGCCUGGUUCACAUCUGUCUUUACAGACUCAUUUUGCAUCAUUCCCAGUCAUGCCCUCUAUAGAGCAGCGGUUCUCAACCUCUCAAUUUGUAGCCAUGAGAAUAUAUAAUGCAUAUCAGGUAUUUACAUUCUGAACCAUAACUGUAGCAAAAUUACAGUUUUGAAGUAGCCACCAAAAUAAUUUUUUGGUUUGGGGUCACUGCAACAUAAGGAACUCCAUUGCGGGGACAUGGUAUUAGAAAGGUUGAGAACCACUGCCUAGACAAACUAGCCUUCUACUGUUUCUGGAACUCUGUGUACAGUUUUCUAUGCAAUGGAUUGCCCUCCAUCCCAGGAAUUUACUCCUUGCCAUUGCCUCUUAGAAUCACCAGUUGUCUAGCUAUGAGAUCCUAAAUAAAUCACUUAAUCCCAAUUGCCUAGCCCUUAUCAGUUUUCUACCUUGGAACUAAUACUUAGUAUUAAUUCGUAGACAGAAGGUAAGAGUAAUUAAAAAAAAAAAAGAGUCACUAGCCCCCUUCAAGACUUUUCCCACAACCUACCAGUUAUUUGUCUUCUUUUCCCCCAACAUUACUCACUUGUGUUCAACUUUGUAUCUUCUUCCCAAGAGUACCCACUUCCUGGAGUAGAGGGCAAACCUCUUAAGAGCAGCAUCUAUUGAAUACUCAGCCACGUUUUUGCACUUACUUUUUUUGGUAUGUUUUGUUGCUUAUUUAUAAUUUCUUGAAUCUGAAGAAUUUCCAGCAUGAAAAUUGUGUCUACUGAUACAAAUUGGCAAUUUGUCCUUAAUUUGGGAUCUUGGAAAAUGUCUAGGACGCUGAAAGAUUAAGAGACAAGACUUGAAUCUAGGUUUUUCUGACUUCAGAACCAGCUCUACCUAGCACAGUGCCUGGCACAAGUAAAAGAAUGUUCCAUCUAUCUCUAGGUAUUUAAUUGAGUUGUAAUAUGUGCCAUUGCAUGGUAGAUAACAGCAGCAUUUUUGUCUUGAGUGCUUUGGGCUCUAACCAACCUGUUGCUGAUCAUCCUAAGUGGCCUUACUAUUCUUCACACAAACAUGCAUACAGACAAUCAUACAUAUGUAUACACAUAUAUAGCCACAGGAGGUGAAAUUAAGCUUUUUUAUAUUAGUUCCAAUUCACUAAGCUAUACAGGUAGAUAUUGGGAAUGGGUUUUGCCACCUUCAGAAGUAGUUUUGUUCUUUCUCAUCAAAGGAGACCAAGCCACUGUAUAAUUUACUUUGAAUAGCUAUUGAUGUGGGUUAAAUAUCAGAGGUAAUGUCAUAGGAGGGCACUCUGGUAUAGAAGAAAGAGCACUGGCCUAGGAAUCAAGAGACCUGGCUUUUCUUCUGACUGUAAUUUGAAGCAAAUCACUUAGCCUCAGUCUCCUUGUCUAUAGAAAAGAAGAUUUGAACUUAAUGAUUUCUAAGUUCCCUUCAGUCCUAAAAUUUGGAUCUGUUUCCACAAAGGAUAUUAAUAUAUCUAAAAGACACCAUAUGAAUAUUCAUCUCAGCCUGCUACUCGAAAGAAAAUAUUCUCCAUCGAGAUCAUCUUGUCUCAUAUUGAGCACUUCAUAAAGGUUUGUUGAAUUCAAUUGGAUAUUGUUCAUAUUUCAAAUCAAGGCCAAUAAGGCUAGUUGAAAGGUUCAAGAAAAAAAAAAAGAGUUUCUAAGGUGUGCCAUACUGCUUUGUUCAUACUGCUUUGUUCAUGUCUAUCACCACAUUAAAUGGAUUAGAAAGUUUAAUGAUACGGGUAAGGGUUCAGGGCAGAAAGUAGUGCCUAAAGAUGCUUUGUAAAGGAGGAGUCUCAACUUCCUUUUACUCACAAAUAAUAUCUCAUCACUUCUGAAGCCUUGUUUCCUUUGAUCAUUGUAUUUUCAUUCUGAAUGUGCCACUGUAUUUAUAGCUGAUGUUUAUAUUGCACUUUAAAGUUGGCAAAUCCCUUUAUAGAUAUGAUCUCAUUUGAGUUUUACAACAAACCUAUGAAGUGAGCCCUGCAUGUACUAUUUGGCUAUGAGGCUUUAAGAAAUCAAAUGACUUACCUAGAAUCACCCAAGUAGUAAGUGUGGUUGCGGGGAUGCAAGCCUAGUUCUUCCUGACUCCCUAAUUUAGCAUUCAUCUACUAUACACCACAUGACUUUUAGUAAGACUAGGGGUAUUUAGUGGAUGCUCCAUGAAUGUACUUAGUGAUUGAUUGAUGUAGGGUGAUGGAUUUUUCUGUACCUUAUUCUCCUUCUCUAGAGAUAGGGUUACAAAAACCAUUUGAUAGAGUUGUUCUGAAAAUAAAAAGUCCUUAUUAUUAGAAUAAAGUACUUGGCAGGGUAUAUGGUGUUUAAUAAUACUCCACUUUCUGUGAAAUGAGAAAAUAGUGUAGAUCAUUAGUGUUAUUAAUAACUACAAUGCUGCUUCUGUUCAUGAGUUUUCAAAGAACUUUGAGAUACAUGUUAAUUAAUCCUUACAAAAAAAGUCUUAUUAAGUAGAUAGUGGUAUUAUCCCUACUUUACUAAUGUGGGAACUGGAAGAAUAAAAGAUUAAGUAAUUUCCCCUAAAUCAUGUGGGCUUCUCAGUGGUAGGACCCAAUGCUGAACUGUAUUUCAGGGACAUUCUCUAAAUACUAGGUGACACUUUUUAGCUUAAGGUAUUUCAGCAGAUAAGUUUUGUUUCUGAAGAGUAGCCAGAAAUCUAUUAGAAUCCAGCAGCAGUAUAUCUGUUUCUUAUGAAUAUAUAUUCCUUCUGUGGAUCCCCAAAGCAUGUAUAAUGAAACAUUUGUUAGGUGAAUAAUUUCAAGAGGUCUACUUAGGCAGCAGGCACACAUUAAGUGAAUUCCACUGGGCAAUUGCCUUUCUAGACCCUUCCCACCAACAGAGAGUAGCCAGAAGGUAACUAACCUAAUAGAUGAAGAGUUCCAAAAGUGAACUAUAUUUAAAUUUAAUAAGAAUAUUUAAAAACUGCAAGGUAAGUGAUUAUUCUGAGAACACUAAGAUAUUUUAAAAUAGAGUUACCAGUAACUCUGCUUCACAUGGAGGUUUGUAAUUCAUACAGAUCUUGAUUCCUGGAUUUAUGUCUCAAUGACAUAAUGCAAACAGUUUGGAAAAGUCAGUCUGGGCAGGUCGUUGCUGGAUCCUUUAAUGCCCACUUCCUGUCUGCUUUCUGACCUGUAGAUAAUAGACUCUGUUCCUCUGCAUGUAGAUAAUGUAUUUUUGGGUUUCAUAAGAAACAAAGACUUAAUUAAUCUCAUGUUGGCUCCCAAACGGUCUUCCAGCCACAUUUUCCCUAAUACCAGUUUAGUAUGUUCUCAGAUAAUACAAUUUAUGCUUAAUAACUAAUCUGAGGAGAGGGGAAAGCUAUCAGGGUACAUCAAAUACCAAUGGUCAUAGGCUUACCCAGUGUUUUCAUUUGGCUAGACUAUUCUUUCCUUCCACAGGUCAUCAAAAAUUGACCAGGCUUCAUGUUAAAUCAAAGUUGUCCUUAUAUGCAGGCAAGCCAGGCAUGAAUUUUUUUAAUACUGUAAACUUUUGAACUUAGCUGUAUCCUUUUCUUAAAUUUCAGCAUGAUUUGCUGUCACUGAUUUAUUUUCAAACAGAAUGUGUGAGGAAUGAUUGAUAUAGAAUACAGAAUUAAAUAGAUAUCAACUGCACAUUCAGACACUGGCAUAAGACUCCUAGGGAGAGAAAGGUCCUGGAAGGUUGGCCAGGGAACACAGUAGAGGUUGUAUAGGAUGAAUCAUGAUAUAACGAUGGCAUUGACAGAGGCUGCCUGCAAGGAGGGGGGGGAUUACCUCUUACCCACCUUCCUCCACAUGACCCCAGCUCAUGAUGGGGAUCACUUAAGGAGAGACUGUGGCAGGCUUAUAAUCAUCUGCACUGUGACCCUGUUACUUAUUCUGCUCAUCAUCACUGCUUUACAUCAGGAGACCCACUAUGAACUGUAAAGAUUUGGUGCCACCCAUCACAAAGUUCACUCUGUCUUCCAGGGAAAAGCUUUCUGUUUUUAUUCCUCCCCUUUGUUAUCUAUUUUGGGUUCCUCAACUGCCCAAGGUCAGGGCUAUCUAGGAACAACUAUUUGAGUGAUGGAACCUUACCAACAAGGAAUGAGAUAUGAUAGGAACGAUAUCUACUUGGGUCCCUGCUAUGAAGCUGGACUAGUGUUUCUUAAGGCAUGCUAGCUAAUAUUCAUUUUCCACGAACAGCACUGAAAUUAUUCUCAUGUCCAGGAACCUAAAGUUCAAAACUUUUGACAUAACUUCUUGGUAGCCCAAGUACAAAAGCCAGCAUGAAAGAAAUCAAGCGUUUUUCACUUCUCACUAGCAGGCUAGCAGGGUCAGCAUAAAGGCUGGGAGGUGGCUAUGCCCAACUGAAAGGAUGCAAAAGCAUUUAUUAAGUGCUUGCUCUGCAAAGUCCUAUGCUAAAUUCUAGGAAUUGAUUACAAAUAGAAAAGCAAGACCAUCUCUGCUUUCAAGGAACCUUUCUUGAGAAGAUUCUGAAGCAGUCUUCCUUCUAAAAGGAAGCUAACACAUUUACCAGAACUGAGCUGCAAGUAAACUGGAAACACCCAGGAGUCCUUAUAGUGCUGCAGCAAAGCAGAUGGUGUUGAAUCUAAAGUCACUUCUAUUCAUUUCCAGAACAACUCUGCCUAAAGGUUCCUGUUUUCCCUCAGUUCUUCCAACAUUUGUCAUUUUCCCUUUUUGUCACCUUCAUUGAUAUGAUUGUUGGAAAUAGACCCUCCCAGCAGUUUUAAUUAGAAUUUCCCUAAUGAUCUGGAACAUUUUUUCAUAUGGCUAUUGAUAUCUUGAAUUAAUUUUUUUAAGAGUUGGCCAUUCAUUUCAUUUGAUAAUUUAUCAGUUAGAGAAUGGCUUUUGUUAUUAAACUGCCUUUCUGAAGAUGAACCAUUUGAUAAGUCCAAGUGUUCUUAAAAACCCAGGGUAUAUUCACAUGUUUCUCUAAUUGUUGAACAAAAGCUUACUUUCUAGUCCCCCUGAGGCAGUGGUGGUCAAUUCAAAGCAGCCACCACCAUUCAAAGCACAGAGGAUCAUUGGGGCUCACCUUACUCCACAUUAACCAUCCCUCACUUCAACGAGGCCAAUACAAUCCAGCUCUCACCAGUUGACGUAAGCCAAGCCAGAUGCAGACCAGUCUGUUGCUCUAGAUUCUGUACUGGAACAAAAUGAAAUACUCAUAAACCAUGUAACAGUUAUCAAGCAUAGGUUUCUGUAGCAUCAGCAAGAAAAAGAUACUUAGCAAAGAUGCAAUAUAAAUUCAAUUUGAGUAUACUUUCCCUACCUCUUCAAAGGAUAGUGUUGGUUCUUAGGCCAGCAGAAUUAAAUUUCAUGGGUAAUUUUAGUACCUUUUAAGGGAAAAUGGCCUUACCUACAUGGAAGAUAGUAACCCAUUGUGUCUCACCAGAAUCCUCCAUAGCUAAAUUUUAAGCCCAUAUUCUAGUUGAUCCCAUUCUAUUCCAUUCUCAGAAGAAAUGGAAAAUACAGGGUCAAAAUCCUUAUGCCCUAACGUUGAGCUUUUCUUAUAGGAUAGCACUGCUUUUCUUGCCCCCAAGAAUAGAUUGUUCUCAGAUUGAAAAAGGGCCACUUUAAACUGCUCAGUCCAUUUGGAAACAUUGUAACUGAAAAUCAUAGGUGUGGCCAUGCUCAAGAAAUUUCCCAGAAAAGUUGCAUUUUAAACACAUUUUCCUGGAUCAUUCCGCUCAUCGGAAAUAUAUACCUUGACAUUUUAAGAAAUAUUUUGGUGAAUUAUAUUUUGAAAAAGAAUCUUGUUGCAAUACUAAUAAUUAGGCUGUUUUUCUUGAUAGAUUUCUUUAAACUGUCUGUUGCUUGCAUUUUAUAUAGUUGCUCUUAUGUUGCCUCCUCCAUUAGACUGGAAAUUUCUUGAGGGUAAAGUCUUUUGCCUCUUUUUGAAUCAUCAGCACUUAGCACUGUGCCUUGAACAUAAUAGGUGCUUAAUAAAUGUUUAUUGAUUGAUCUAUAUUGUUAAAUAAACUCUUAAUCUUUGAUAUAGCUCUGAUAUGACCUAUAAUUAUAGUGUGGUUUAAAAGUUAUUUUGCAUUUGUCUUUCAAGAAGAAGUAAAAAGAUACUUUGAACAUAUAGUAUUUUUUACACAAAACUAUAAUGGAUUUUAUUAAUACAGAUAUGAUUCCUUUGGUCUAAAUUUCUUCCCUUUAUUCUGAGUCUGAUUAGUGUAUAGUUUCAUUCUAUUGAAUGAUUUAUAUUGCAACUUUUUAAGUGCUCUUUGAAACCUACAGUCAGCUAAAGGAGUCCCUGUCUAAAAAGCUAUAGAUUGUUAAGUUAAUAUUGGCGUGAAUAUUUAACUAAAGUGAUUUUAAAAAUUAUAAUAGGAAUUGUACAGAUGUUUGGUGAGUCAGCACUAGUUGACAGAAUAGUUUGAUAAUGCUUUAUAUUUCAAAUCACUUAGUCCCCCAGUCGAAUAAUGACAUAGAAUACGAUUUGGCUAGUUUGGCUUGACCAUCCUAAAUUUCCAGGUGCAUGAAAAGUUACUGGUAUUUUUUAUUUUAAUUUUGGAGCUUCUUCUCUGAAGUACCUAAUAGAAUCCACAAGCUCACAGUGCCUUUAGUAUCUUUUCCUUUGAUGUCUAGAAGUGGCCCAUUCCAAAUUAGAAGGGCUUAUAAUGUAAAAAGAAUUUGUCUGUAGUUGGUUGAAGUCAUUAGAGCUAUUUCUUUGGCUGCCUUUUGGGGUGGGAGAAGGGGGGAGGGAAUGUUUGGCACCAGUACUACUAUUAGGCUGUAAUUAGUAUAACUAACAACUAAUGUGAAAGAGCAAAAUAGAGGUCACUGAAAGACUUCAAAGGUCGUCACAGGUUAAGGUUGUAACGCAGACAAUCCCCUGGCUUAAUCCGUUGCCAUAUCUGGUAAGAUAUGUUGAAAUCAUCCAUGCCCUCUAACCUUGAGGUGUUGUACUCAUAAUUUAUUGGUCACAGGACUAUUUUUUCCUACUCAUGCUUAGUUAGAUGACUUUUUGAAUGGCAGCUUUAUUUUAAGGUUCAUGUACAAAUGUGCAGAUUAUCAGCUUUGAAACCCACAUAAGAGAUUAGAGCUUUAACUGCUUUAAUGGUUCUUAUCCUGCUCUCUUUCUAUUGAAAUUGACAUUUUUCUACAUUUUAAAAUAUGAUUCGCUGAGAAUGUUUAAAUGCAAUAUGAUAAUUAUACUUCAAACCUCUCUAUUAAAAAAACUAAUUUAUUUUAACUUUUAGUGAAUAUUCUACUUUUUGUUGGUUGCAUCUUCAAACUUAAUUACCAACAGAGGUUUUUGUUUACAUUUUAGGUGAAUGCUUAAACAUUCUUAAAGGAUAACAAUUCAACCCGAUAAUCUUACCAUGUUUUCAUGUUAAAUAGUUAACACCUUCUUCUUAAGGUUGUGGAAUCUCCUUCAUUAUUCUAUGUGCUUCUUACAUAUAUAAAGAAAUGAACAAGUCAUGGUUUUAGAGAAUCAUUGGUUUAGAGCUAGGAGAAACCUUAGAGGUCAUUUGUUCUGACACCUAGCUACAUUUUACAGAGGAGGAGCCAGAGACCUAGAGAUGUUAGGUGCUUUGCCAGCAGUUAGAUGGCUAGUAAGAGGAAAAGGAGAUAUUUGAACCCAAGUUUCUGACUCCAGAUCUAAUACUCUUCAUAUUCUGUUUCCCUUUUGAAGGAUGUCUGGUAACAUUGGAUUUUAAGUAUUGUCAGACCAAAAUCUGAACUGGAAAAGCACACAAAAAAAGUUCAGGCCAUUCUUAUCUCUUACCUCCCGCUUUAUGUCAACAAACAUUUAUUAGGUAGUUUAUAUUUGAGCUGGAAUGUGACAAAUAAAUAAGAAUCUGUAAUGUAAAAUGAUUCAUAUCACCAGAAGGGUUAUUACGGUUUAGUGGAUAGAGUGCUGGACUAGCCACUUAAAUUUCUCCGAUUCUCAGAAAAUUCUACAACUUAUAAAUGUAUUGUGAGAGGUCUUAGUGGAGGGAGUUCCCACACCAACAAGAUCAGAGGUCUUUGAUAUAAUGCAGCAUGUAAAAGGACAUAAAUAUUUUCCCAGUCACCAGAGUUCAUCCUUAACUUUUCCCUGUCCUUCAUCCUCAUGUCUAACCAGUUGC